AUCUGAGAGAUCAGGCUGAGACCUGGGGGCAGGCACAUCAGUUGGAGCUCAAUUGUUGAUGUGAUCACAUCCAACGGUCUUGCAGCGAAAGAGAGCAGCUGAGAUUUAAAGAAUAGCAGAAGAACCAUUGUGAUCUAUUGCUGCUGUGCUUCCUGGUCACUUUCUCUUUGACUUCUUUACGCUUCGGUCUCGUGUUCCGACGUGUUUUGGCAUACGACUCGGCGCAGAGGAUGUCUUUCCCCCAGUUGGGCUACCCUCAGUACUUAAGUGCUCCCAAGCGGUGUACGGCGGAUCGGCCGGGGGUCCUGACUCCGUCGUCCCGGGGGGAGCUCUGACAUAGCGGGAACCAGUCGGCUGCUGCCGCUGCAGUCACCUCGGUGUUGGGCAUGUACGCAAACCACACUGCACACAACUACAGCGCGUUCCUGCCUUACAGCGCAGACUUGGCUCUUUUCUCUCAAAUGAGCUCCCAGUACGAGCUGAAGGACAGUCCUGGCGUCCAUCCUGGCAGCUUCGCGGCCCACACCUCGCCAGCUUUCUACCCAUACGGCCAGUUCCAGUACGGGGAUCCGGCCAGGCCCAAGAACGCCACCCGGGAGAGUACCAGCACGCUGAAGGCCUGGCUCAAUGAGCACAGGAAGAACCCCUACCCCACCAAGGGAGAGAAGAUCAUGUUGGCCAUCAUUACUAAGAUGACCCUGACGCAGGUKUCCACCUGGUUCGCCAACGCCAGGAGGAGRCUGAAGAARGAGAACAAGGUGACGUGGGGAGCCAGGAGUAAAGAGGACGAGGAUGGAAACAUCUUCGGGUCGGACAAUGAGGGAGACGCGGAGAAGAACGAUGACGAGGAGGAGAUCGAUCUAGAGAGCAUCGAUAUAGACAAGAUUGACGACAACGAUGGAGAUCAGAGCAAUGAGGAUGACGAUGAUAAACCGGAGGGCAGAGAGCGACACCGAGAACUGGAGAGUCUGGAGAAACGGCGGGCCUUCGCCCUGCAGCACGAGGCCUUCGACAAAUGUAAGAACUCCAUUUCCUCCGGGAAUGACCUUUCUGACAGCAACACCGGAGUUGUGUCCCCGGACAGACAGGGAACUUUUCAGCUCCCAGUGAACAAUAAGCCUAAGAUCUGGUCGUUAGCUGAGACGGCUACCAGUCCUGAUAGUUCUGUCAAGUCCACCUCUCCGUCCGGCCCUACCGGUCACACCCCGCCUCAGAUGCAGCACCCAGCUUUCCUCCCCUCUCACGGACUAUACACCUGUCAGAUAGGCAAGUUCCAUAACUGGACCAACGGAGCUUUUCUGGGGCAGAACUCUCUGCUGAAUGUCCGGUCGUUUCUAGGAGUUAAUCAGCACCAGCACCAUCAUCAUAACCUCCACUUACAGACCCAGCAGCUGCAGCAGCAGCAGGCCUCGGUGUUGGUGUCGCCUGGAGCCUCGCCACAACUCAGCCCCAAGCACAUAGACCGUGAAAACGUUGUAAGAAGUGCCUCUCCUCCAACGCAACUUCUGAAGUCCUCAUUCAGACCCCUUCAUGAUGGCCCCAGGACUCAGCAAGAAGCCUCGCAGCUGGUUCUAACUGCCCUCUCCUCGGCUUGAUCAACACAUUCUGCCCUGGGGAAAAAAAGACUUUACGCACUCAGAAAAGGACAAUGAGAAAUAACUUAAUUCACCGUAGCAUUCAGAGCAAAUGGCUAAUUUGAUAUAAACUCCUGUGGCAGGAUCUCGUCUAUUGUUGUAAAUAAUGCGCCUGUUAUUCCCUGCUCUUUACCCUGGGACGUUUGGUAGGCUUUUCCUUUUGUCUUUCUUCUGUUGGGUCUUCUGUUCUGUACAUACAGUGAUUUACAUGUGUAAAUAGCGCGUGACGACAUUUGUUCAGAUCGUAUAUUUUGUCUAAUAAACUAAAUGAAAUUAUCGAGGAAAUCAAAGAAUAUA